GCUCCAUAAGGGACAUUGUCGCGUCACCUUGCUCACACAAGUUGAGCUUGUCUUCACACAACCAGUCACAGAGCUGACCAACUACAACCACCGCAAUGUUUUUGUACCUGCUCCUUAGCAUGCUCUGUGCAACUCUCCUGGCACAACAACCUGUCCAGGACUAUUACUCUUUUUCGCCAACGGUUGGAAGUGGUAGUGGAACUUCAUUCAUGACAAAAGGAAUUGGUAGAAUCACAGCAGUUCGCGUCUGGGAGCAAACUGGGAGUUACAUCACUGGAAUUCAGUUUCGCUAUGACCAUAUUUGGACUAAUUUAGUGGGUCGAAAUGUUGGCGAGCCACAGGAAAUUAUGCUGCACAGUGGAGAAAAAAUUAUUCAGGUGUCUGGUAAGUACUACAGCGUUAACUACAUCUAUCAGCUGAUAUUUGUGACCAGCACAGGGCGCACUUUGAUUUGCGGCCAGCCAACACAGGUGAUGAUCAUUGCCACAGUUUGCUUUUUUUUACACUACAUUCAUCUACAUAGCCCAAUGCUAACUUUCGAUGCUGUGUUACAGGGCUCCUUUAACUUUUACCCGAUUUACCCAGAGGCUGAGCUCCGCCUCCUGAGUGGCCGUAGCAAUGGGGUUGGGAUCACUGCACUGGGAGCUCAUUGGGGAUUGCUGAACAUAAACGACACCAACAUGAGUAAAAGCAUGCCAGCCUGAUAUUGAAGUCAUGAUGGAUAAAAUGUGUACCUAUUCAAGAUGGAUACAAUCCCUGCUUAUUGUUAAAUUAAUGUAAUGUAAUAUAAUGUAAUUCUGGAUUUUUUAUUUUAAAUAUAUAUGCUGGAACAAAUAACUACAUUUGUGAUGGCACUGGUGAAAUGCUAAAGUUUGUUAACUAUUGCUGCACAAAACAAAUGCCAUUUGUUUAAUAGUACAGUAAUUGUAAUGAUAAGGGCUAGCAAACAAUUUCCAUUGCUUUUUCUAACAGCAGAAAUGCAAAUGUGAUUCUUAUACACCUUUCAUGUUGUAUUUUACAAAUACAUGUUUUAUCUAACCAUUAUUAGCCCUAUUCUCACUGCAUUUAUAUCCACAAUGAAAAUGAUUUAUUUAAAUGAUUAAGGGUGAAUAA